AUGGUUGCGAGGAAUCAAGGAAAGAUGGGCUGGCAAGUGGCUGUAUUUGAGGAACAGAGGGCCUUCUUGCAGCCAAUUGUUAGUCCGGAAGAGAACCAUUUAUGCUUUGGUCAGAUAUAUCUUAGUAAGCCAAUGAUGUCAGAUGGAGAAACUGUGACUUUGUUUCUGAAGGCAGCGAGAUUGAGGAAUCUAACAUACUCGACUCCAUUGUUUGUGGAUGUCACUAAGAGAGUGAUAAAGAAAGGGCAUGAUGGUGAAGAAGUAACUGAAACUCAAGAUUUUACUAAAGUCUUCGUUGGGAAGGUUCCUAUAAUGCUCUGGUCGAGCUACUGCACAUUAUAUCAGAAUUCAGAGAAAGAUUUGACGGAUCUGGGAGAGUGUCCAUAUGAUCAAGGUGGGUAUUUCAUUAACAAUGGGAGUGAAAAGGUUCUAAUUGCUUAGGAGAAGAUGAGCACCAAUCACAUUGUGUUUAAGAAGAGGAAGCCAAACAAGUAUGCCUAUGUGGCAGAAGUCCGAUCAAUGGUGGACUCCCAGAACAGGCCACCCAGUAGCAUUUUUGUGUGGAUGCUUUCACGGACUAGUGCCAAAGGGGGCUCCUACCCUUCCGUACAUUUGGACUGAGAUUCCUAUUAUUAUUGUGCUUCGGGCAUUAGGAUUUGUUGCUGACAAAGAUAUAUUUGAGCAUAUUUGCUAUGAUUUCUCUGACACUCAUGGAGUUGCUACGACCCUCCUUGGAAGAAGCAUUUGUAAUAUAAAAUCAACAGGUAACUCUCCCACUGUAUUAUAUCAUCAUUUAAUUUUUUUUAUCUGUUAUCGUUUUUUUAUUUUUUAUUUUUAACGGGUAGUUAGUGUGAGAUUAGCUUUUCUUUCUGGUUUGCUCUGUAUUGAAUAAGCUAAACUUCAAGCAAUAUGAAUAAAUAUAGCAGUUCAUGUUUCCAAUAUGAACUAAACAUAAUCUUCGGGCUUGCUGGCAUUAAAAUUGUUUUUACCUUUCAAAAGUAAUGUCCUUUCGGUUCUAAUUCAUAUUUGGUUUUUUAGCAGCUUCAAUAUCUUUGUUUAGGUUUCAGCUCUUGUUUCCUAGAUUGCAAAUUCAGUUUCAUUGUAAAUGUUAGCAUCCAUUUGAUUUCUUCUCUCUCUUUUCUUUUUUUUUUUUUUUUCUCACUAUUCUUGUGGUGAUGUGGCAGUGCGGCCUUACUGAGAUGGUUAUGCUUUUCUUCCCGUA